UCUCUCUCUCUCUAAAAAAUAAAAAUGGAUAAAAGAGCAUGCAACUCCCAGGAUGCUGAAGUGAGAAAAGGGCCAUGGACUUUGGAAGAAGACUUGAUUUUGAUUAACUAUAUCAGAAAUCAUGGUGAAGGUGUAUGGAACUCCCUAGCUCGGUCUGCUGGUCUGAAACGUACCGGAAAAAGCUGUAGGCUAAGGUGGCUCAACUACCUCCGACCAGAUGUUAGGAGAGGUAAUAUCACACCAGAAGAACAGCACUUGAUCAUGGAACUGCAUGCUAAGUGGGGAAACAGGUGGUCGAAAAUUGCAAAGCAUCUUCCAGGCAGAACUGACAACGAAAUAAAGAAUUUCUGGCGGACUCGAAUCCAGAAACAUAUAAAGCGAGCGGAAACAUUUAGUAGUACUGGACAAAUUACUGAGCAUAAUGAUCAAGCAAGCACAAGUCAGACGGCCAGUUUCGCCGAUGCUGCUGAAUUCUAUUCUCCGACGUAUCCAGAAAUUUUCGAGAGUUUCGCGGGAGGCUCUUUUCCAAUUGAACCAAGUGACAACAUUUGGAGCAUGGAGGAUAUCUGGUCUCUGCAGUAAUUUAAUGGCUACUCAAUAUAAUAAUAAUUUAUAUUUCAUCCAAAUUCUAAUUUGGAUGUGUAUUAGAUUUGUCUAUAAUUAAA